UGUUGGCCCAAUAGGGCAUGCACUCAUACAGGAGCUGCACGCAGCAAGAGAAUGGAAUGAUUCUAAUUUCUGAAACCUCUUGUGAAAGAUGUAAGAAUCGGAUGAAAUUUCACAUCAUUCAGCUAAGAUGAAGUCUUUCUUGAUCUGAAGCCCGAGGCUAUCACUGCUCCUACACACUGACCUGAGACACCAUGGCCUAUGUACUCUUACGUGGUUUUACCAUUCUAAUCAUCGGUAUUUUACACUACCAGAUAACGGAAUCCACCGAUUCCACAGCUGAAGUUUCCGAAGAGAGACUAAUCUCGUUACUGUUUGAUGAGCUGACUGAUGGAUACGAUUCAAGAGUUCCACCAUGUGUGAACGGAGAUCCAGUUAACAUAUACAUCGACGUUUUCCUAGCAAGCUUAGAUGGCAUCAAUGAGAAAAAGCUGGACUACACGAUCACAGCAACCAUUCACCAGAGAUGGUAUGACCCCCGGUUGACCUUCAAUCGAACUUUGGCACUACCCCCCUCGGCGUAUCUGGUUGACAGAGUAUGGCACCCGAAUCUCAUCAUCGGUAACGCUAAAGAAACUCUUCUCCAUCACAUCUCACAUCUAAACCAGUUGGUCACAAUUGAACCGGGAGGGAACGUCACUUUCUCACAAAGAUUAUCUCUGAAGUUAUCAUGCAAUAUGGAUUUUCAUCGUUUCCCAAUGGAUUACCAAAAAUGCAACCUGGAUCUACAAAGCUUUGGCCUAACGACGAAUUUUUUGGUCUUCAUGUGGGGUGAUCAGAAGAUGGAAUUUCACAGUGACCAUCUGAAAUUACCCCAGUAUGUUUUGACUGGUGUAGAUUUCUUCGAUUGUACUGAACAGCAUUAUAAUGGGAUAUUCUCCUGUAUCCGAGCCCAGUUUACCAUGGAACGCACCCUGGGGUAUUACAUGCUGCAAGCAUUCAUCCCGAGUAUUUCCCUGGUAAUGGUAUCAUGGGUAACCUUCUGGAUCGAUGUACGAGCCUCUCCAGCUCGGGUAGGUCUCGGUGUCACCAUCAUUCUCUCCGUCAUCUCCAAGACCAACGGUGUCAGGCUCGAUAUACCGCCCGUAUCAUAUCUCAAGGCGAUUGAUGUAUGGUAUACAACAUGUCUUCUUUUCGUCAUCGGUUCCCUCCUCGAAUACGCCUUGGUUCAUCAUCUUUCUCUUUCUCCAAAGAAGACCAAGCAGAGAAUCUUAGCUGUUAGACCAAAACAGGAUCCUCCAAAUCAAGAGAAUAUAUCGGUGGUUAACAAUGGAUCACUCUAUAACAUUUCGUCGUCUCAUCCAACACCUUCACAAAAUCAGCUCAUACGGCGAGAUGCAACAACCGGUGAAUUACGGACACUAGCAACAGCGCCAUCUCUCGACAACAAACCACAACCGGCGUUGCAGACGACAUCGAGACCGACGAGUCGUUUAGAUGGGUCGCUGCAAGGGAAGGAUACCUCUGACAAGCGGGGUCAAGAGGCAUCGGCAUUGGACCACUGUCGCGCCCUCCCUGGAGAAGCGCACCUGAUCGAUUUGAUUUGUAGAUGGCUUUUCCCAAUUGGAUUUGCAAUUUUCAAUAUUUGCUUUUGGGCAUAUUAUAUGCCACCGCAUUACACCCCCGCAUAACUUGCGAACGACGAGAAAUUUGUAUCGCAUUCUGUUGGCGAUUUAUAGUUGUAGUUAUCAGUUAU